AUGCCUGAAGCGACACCCAACAAUCAACCACAACCAACGAGCAACGAAAAUAAUGGAUCAGGCUUUAGCUUUUCAUCAAUUCUAACCACAUUGCUUCGAGUAUUUGUUAUAUUCACUCUUCUGAGAGCAGCGGGACUCUUUGGAAGUAAACAACAAACAGAAACAACCUCGUUAAAAGAAAGCAUCCCAUCACCUCCGAUGGGUAAUGUUGUGGCAUAUGCUGCCUUUCCUAAAUCAUGUGCCAUGAUUUUGAGUUUAUAUGUUUCAUCUGAACGAGAUCGAAAGCUCAUGCGAAAAGUAUUCGAUCAUGAACUUUCAGAACCUACAUUCAAAGUUGAAAAGAUUUGGCAACAACGAAUUUUUUAUAAUGAUGAUGAAAGUAACAAGAGAACUUUACAUUUAGAAUUUAAUAAUCAGUCAACAACCCUAACUCCAUUCUAUGAUAGUUUGAUCCACAAUGAAACUGUUUAUGUUCAUGGAUUUUUACAAGAGGAAAAGAAUCAAAAGAAGGAACGUGUGUUACAUUUUGUGCAUCCUCUAAAUAAGUAUUUACAAGUGAAAAAGAGCAAAAAGAGAAAUUUGUUGUUUGACUCGGAGGCGAAAAAUAUGUCACUACAGUCUAAUCACACCAUUGAAGAAGAAGGUGAUAGGUUUGUCUCCCACUAUGUACCAACCAAAUAUUUAACUUUGGUUGAUUUACAUGAUGCAAUGCCACUUGGUUCAUUGCCUGCUCAUUUUGUCAAUUCUCUGCAAUUGUUACCUGUUCAUGGAAAGACCAAAUUCUAUUAUCCAGUGCUUUACUUUAAUGAGUUUUGGACCAUUAGAGAACAUUAUGUGCCAUUGAAUGGCUCACUUGCUUCUAUUCCUUUGACUAUUGAAUUGUCAGUUACAUCAGCUUAUAAAUGGCAAUUUUUCCUUCAAAUGGAAGAGUCUUUGAAGAUGCAAAAACAACUAGGUUCUGAAGAGGAAGAACAAGAUGAGAUUAAGAGAAUGCUUUUUGAAACUAAUCCAUACUUACUUGCUGUGACAAUAAUUGUUUCUAUUUUACAUAGCAUUUUUGACUUUUUAGCAUUCAAAAACGACAUUCAAUUUUACAAAAACCAAAAAAGCAUGGAAGGGCUAUCGAUUAGAUCAAUAUUUGUGAAUUGUUUCUUUCAAACCGUAAUUUUCCUCUAUUUAUUUGACAAUGACACAUCAUGGAUGGUACUCAUAAGUAACGGUAUUGGAUUGCUUAUUGAAUAUUGGAAGGUUACUAAAGUAGUAGACAUCAAGUUCAAGAGAUCAUCAACAUUCCCCUAUUUCCUUGAUUUUUCUCAUAAAUCAAGCUAUGUAAACAGCAAAACGAAAGAACAUGAUGAUGAGGCUCUCAGAUAUCUUUCCUACGUGUUUUAUCCAUUGAUUUUGGGAUAUGCUGUUUAUGCCUUGUUUAACCAUGAAUUUAAGUCAUGGUACAGUUUUAUUCUCUCUACCAUAGUUGGAUUCAUAUACAUGUUUGGAUUCUUGAAUUCAAUACCUCAGGUUUACGUCAACUACAAGCUUAAAUCAGUUGCUGCAAUGCCUUGGAGAGCUUUCACAUAUAAGGCAUUGAAUACUUUUAUUGAUGACCUCUUUGCAUUUGUUAUCAAAAUGCCAACACUGCACAGAAUUGCUUGUUUCCGUGAUGAUGUAAUUUUCUUUAUAUAUUUGUAUCAAAGAUGGAUUUAUCCAGUUGAUCCAAAGAGAGUCAAUGAAUUUGGACAAACAGGAGAGAACUCUCAUACUUCUCAAGAGGCCUCUCAAGAGACUACAACUGCAGAUAAUCAAACACUUGAACAUGUGACAGAAGACACAACAGAAAACGAACCCACCACGGAUAUCCCUAACGCCCUUGUUCACAGAAAAGCAGGUACAAAACAAUCUAGUCCAACAACGGUCGUUGAAGAGCACAGUAACAAAGAAAAAGAGGAAUAA